UUUCGAGUGAACGAUGGUGCCAGUGUAAUCUUCCAAGUUUCGUAUAAAAGGGAACUGCGACUGCUGUGGUCAAUAUCAGUUUAGCGCUUGAUAACUUUACUCGCGGUUGCAUACGUUUGUCUGCCAUAAUGGGUCCACUGUGCACCUUCGUGAUUUUUUCUCUAGCUCUCAUGUUGUCGAUAAGCGCUGCACCCCUUAUUCCUCAAGAUUCCACUGAUUCCAUUGUCACGGAAAUUCCGCCGGAGUUUAUUUCCUCGCCCAUUCCCAUUCCCAGCAUCACAUCUGCUGAUUUGUUUUUGGGUGAAAUAGGCCUAAGUACUUCAAAGCCGACAGAGUUGCUUCUAAUCCCUCCUCCUCCUCCGACAACAUCAUCCAACAUUAUCUCACAGUAUCAAGAAAUGUCGCCUGACGGAGAUUACAAAUACGGAUAUGUCGGCAGUAAUGGAAUUGAAGUUGAGGAAAAAGGCACCCAAAAAGAAAUUGUCGGAGCGGACGGAGAAAAAGUCUCCGGUACAGUCUCAUCCGGUAAAUACUCUUACCUCAUCGCUGGCGACGGUGGCAAAAUGCAAAAGAUGACCGUCACUUGGACGGCUGAUGAAAACGGUUUUCGCCCAGUGAUCACCAUUUCCGACGCUUGAAAUCAACCAUUGUGAAAUGGAAAUCCCCCCUGCCCUUGAAACGGAUUCAAUUAUAUUUCAAAAUUGUGUCUUAUCUGUUUGUAAUAAAUGUAUUUCAAAGUUGCAGAAAAAAAAUUGCUUUUAGAAAUCUUCUUUUAUAAAAAUA